AUGAAGGUCCGCAUUCUGCGACGCCUUGCCAGAGGUUAUGGCACGUGUUCCGGGGACUACCGUCUCAUGGAACGGGAGACUGGCACCCUUUGCCCUCGCUGCAAGGCGAGGGCUGAUGCCAGGCGGGCAGCGGCAGCCGCAAACGCUGCCGCAAUGGUUCCUGGAGUACAAGGCCAGGAAGGUUGGAUGGCGGAGGGCAAUGUCUUCCAGUAG